GGGAGAUGCUCUCGUCGCAAGAGAAAACAAGCAGAGCAGCAGAAACAUAAAAUCCCAGAAUCGAGGCCUAUCGUGACAGUUUACUGGUGUUAGAAUGGAUGACGACUGCAAUGGCCGUCCCUACAUGUCAGGCAGUGGAGACUCUUCGAUGGAGAGGGAGUUUUCAGGGGCCCUUGGAGGCCCCACAGUGAGCACCCCCAACAGCCAGCACACUUCUCCCAGCCGCUCUCUUAGUGCCAACUCCAUCAAAGUGGAGCUGUACAGUGAUGAGGAGCCGGGCCACGGCACGGGGCCAGAGGAUGAGAGAGGGGACAGGGUGGAGGAGGGGGGUUCUGAGCAGGGAGGAGAGGCCGGAGGAGGGGGCUACAGGGAGCUGGCCAGUCCAGAGCCCAUGUCACCAGGAGGUGCCAUCCGGCUGCCCAACGGAAAACUCAAGUGUGACAUCUGUGGGAUGAUCUGCAUCGGGCCCAAUGUCCUCAUGGUGCACAAACGCAGCCACACAGGUGAGCGGCCAUUCCAGUGUAAUCAGUGUGGGGCCUCUUUCACCCAGAAGGGGAACCUGCUGCGUCACAUUAAGCUGCACUCGGGGGAGAAGCCUUUUAAAUGUCCCUUCUGCAGCUACGCAUGCCGCAGACGGGACGCUCUUACAGGCCACCUCCGCACUCACUCGGUGUCGUCUCCCACAGUGGGGAAGCCCUAUAAGUGUAGUUACUGUGGACGCAGCUACAAGCAGCAGAGCACCCUGGAAGAGCACCGUGAACGCUGCCACAGCUACCUGCAGAGCCUGGAGACACAGCAGCCAGCCAGCGCUCACACUCAAGAAGAGGAGCUGAGGGACCUGGAGUUCAUGCCUGACAAGCUGCUGCAACCUUCCUCAGACAAGAUGGCGUUCAUCGAUCGGCUAGCCCACAGCAUCACCAAACGCAAGAGAUCCACACCACAGAAAUUUGUAGGACAGAAGCACAUGCGCCUCAGUCUGGCCGACACGCCUUACGAGCUCAGAACCGCCUUCGACAAGGACGGGGUUACGCACCACGGUGGUCUGGAGCAGCCACACUACACUAGCCUGGGAGGAGGGUACCUGGGGGGACAGGGAGUUGGAAGUGGUGGUGGAUCUGAAGGCCUCCGACCCCUACGCUUGCCUCUCCCUCACCCCUCCUGCCUGUCGGAGCUCCGGCCGGUCAUCAGCUCGGCUCACACCCCCAUGGCUACGCUGGGGCCGAGGCUAGACUGCACUGGGGCCGGGGCUUGCCUAGGGUCCACGGGUGUGGGGGGCAGGGAGGCUGCAGAGGGCCACGAGGACCUGCCCCCUGGCCGCAGCCACGGCCCGUCACCUAGCAACGGUUGCCAGGACUCCACGGACACAGAGAGCAUGCCGGAUGAAGUGUUUAGCAGUGUCGCGCCUGCCCUGCCGCUCCACAACAACCACAGUCACCACAACCUCCACCACCUCCACUCCAACCACCACCCUCCCCCUCCACCCCUACUGCACCACAGGGGCAUGGACAGCCCAAGCCAUGCCAAAGACAGGGAUGGAGAGAGGGACAGGGAGGAGGGUGGCCACCCUGCUUUCCCCCCACCCCCUGCCCUGGCCCCAGGCUCCCCCACCUCAAGGCAGGCGUUUCGAGUGGUGGACGGAGAGGGGCACACAGUGCGCUCUUUCCGCUGUGAGCACUGCCGUGUGCUCUUCCUGGACCACGUUAUGUUCACCAUCCACAUGGGCUGCCACGGCUUCCGCCAGCCCUUCGAGUGCAACAUCUGUGGCCACCGCAGCCAGGACCGCUAUGAGUUCUCCUCCCACAUUGUCCGCGGAGAGCACCUGCCAGGCUGAGGCUGGCUGGAUGGGCCUCUGUACUUAGGGCUGUUUUUACUCUGAGAGAAGGGCCUGCUUGGGUUUGGUCUGCACUGCAUCACAAGAGGGGGUAGAAGGGGAAGGGUAGUAAAAAAAAAAAACUGCUUUUUGUAAAUGAUUUGUACACAAGCAUUGAUACUGAUAUCACAUAAACCUCAACUUCAAAUAGGCACAUUAGAAUAGCUCAAUUGCGUCACUUUAAAAAGGGAGAAUCCUCACUACUCUGAAUACACUUUUCAAAAUGUAUGAAUUCUUGCCAGAAAAUGCUAAGAUGAAGAGUAAAUGCACUUUUCUAUCCUCAGAAGUGCCUUUCUCUGGUGUGGUCUGUCUACCUUUCCUCUCUUAUCCGGGUAAAAAACCGGGCGCACAAAAAAAGUGAUGCUACUAGCUAGACAAUGUGAUUUACAUCUGACUUUGUUUUCCUCUACUGCACUUUAAUCAAGAUUUUAUCUAAAAUUUAUAAUGCAAGAAAACAAACAGUUGUCAAUGUGCACUUCGUUGCACUUGCAAGCUGCAGUCAGACAUCAGUAGUCGUCUUUAGAUGCCAUUAGGCUUCCUAGGAAUUUGUCCGUUUAACAAAGCCCUAUUUGAAAAGCACUUUUUAAAAUCCAUUCCCUAACAUGCUUGGUCCCUGGGGGUGUGGCAGACAGACAGUGUUGUAUAAGAUUGUGUAUUUGAUGUAUAGUGGGUAAUGUAUUUUAAUAACAGUUGCGGUGCAGGCCAGGCCCAGGAUCCCAAGUCAAAUAGUAAGAAGGAUUUGAGGGGUUGGCCUCAAAUGAGUGCACUUUCCAAUUUCAGUUUGUGUGUGUUGGUUCUUUUGGAAGUUUAGUAAGUUAAAUGAGAGACAGAGUUGAAGGCUUUUAUCAGUGUGAAUGUUGUGGGUGGAAUGGGGUACAGUAUGUUUGUUUUGUUUCAUUUGAUUGCUUUUGUUGCACUGAGAUAUAAUUAUAUUAAACUAUUUUAUAGAAGAGGUUAUUUAUGGCCUGCACAUUUCUCUGUGCAGUGUGUUGAAAGAAAUAAUACAACUUUUUUUUUUAUUAUUCAAGAGAGCCACUGACACUAUUUUGGAGUUGACUUCAACAAAGGGUGGAGAUUGUUGGCAAUUUUAGAAGGUCCCUGAUAUCCCAAUGUGUUGCUUACUAUGAAACAAACCAAAACCAAUAUUAUUUAUUUAAGUGAGACCUAAAACAAUUGUUGUAUAUUCAUUGUAUUGUGCCUUUCAUGACAUUGACCUUGCUGACAAUUCUUGCCAAUAUACAUUUUUCCAUCCAUAAAGAUAUCUUUGACGUUACAUGAAAUAUCCCAGCUGGCCCUGCUAAAUGCCCAAGCUGAAUCCUAAAUUUCCCUCUACUAAUCACACAUUUUAAUUUGCAGUCACUAAUUUCUUAGUGACUGUAGAUAUAAAUUGUAUAACAUCGUCCCAAAAGGAAAGAGACAAAGACAUGUUAAAAAAGAGUAACUUUUCAUACAUGAAAGGUUUAGAAAUAAGUCCAUGUGCAUGAGAGUUUGUCACCUGCUGCUAAGGCUUGAAUGUGUGUGUGUGGUUGACCACAGUUGUCGGUGGUUAAGAUUGAGAAGGUGAUUCUUCAGAAGUGACUUUGAAAUGCUUAUUUUCAUUCAAUGAUUUUCUUUCUUUCUCAUCGGACUUGUAAUUGUUGUUUUUAUAGAGAGCACUGACGUUGGUAAACAUUUUCCUUGGAAUCAUGAAGCAUUCAGAUCCCUUCAGGCAACUGACUUAACAAUGCUUUGAUCAAGGGAACGUGAUGAAUACACCAUUUGUGAAUGAAAAGAAACAGUUUGGGCAGUUGUGGUCCUACUCUUUCACCCAAUCUCUUAGUCUUCACAUUGAAUGAACUUGGAAGCCUGUAGGAUUUAUAGUUCUUGAAUAGGGCCCAGAGUUUCCCAUGGUCAAGCAAAACUCCUGGCCCUACUCAUGACACAGAUGAAGUAUGAGAGACAGGAAAAUCUGCUGUGGCUGUCGGAUUAUUUUUUUUUUAUAAAUGUGAAACUCUUUACCUCAAAUGAUAAUUGCCUCUGUCGGGAGUAUGGGUUUGGUGAUGUUUGAAUUUUUCUGUGGUUAAUUUGAAAGUUUUUAAGUUGGUUUUAGCAGCCCUGUAUCUUCACUUCAUUUAAUAUUUAAUUAAUCUUACAAAAAAGGAAUGUGCUUUGAAGUGGACUGUAUACAAGAAAAUGCCUCAUCCCAAUGUCAGAAAAGACACAAUCUUCUAAAACAAUUACAUAGCACUGAAAUUGUACUGAAUUACAGGGCAUAGUUGCACUUAAUCAGUUGCAUUAAACUUCAUCUGUAAUGCUGUUCUAAACGUAAUGCCUUAUGAACGGAUAUGUAAUUACUGUUCAAAGUAGAGAAAUUAUAUAUCUAAUGUAAUCCGAAAUGGUUGAAUUAUUGAAUUGAUGUGAAAGUUCUGCAUUGUUCGUUUGACGGCAGUUCUUGGAAGAGCAGGUUUAGGUGUCUCCAGAUAUGUUUCUGUGUGUAAAUCUUGCUAUUGUGCCUUUGCCCCCCCCCCCCCCCCCCC